AUGAUAAAGCAGGCUGCUAAAAGCCCGGUUGUACCGGAACAAGAGUCCCGGCGGCACGCGCUUCUGGCGGACGUGGUGAGGCAGGGCGACGUGCAGUUUGCGGACGUGGAGGCGAUAUCGCAGCUUGCGGAGCUGGGGAGCGGGGCCGAUGGACUGGACGACGAGGGCGGCGCGCUGGAGCGGCUUGCUGCGGUGCGGGCCUCGGCGCCGGGCCUGGCCCUUACGCCGUCGAUGUCGUCGGUGAUGUCGCAGAUUCGCAAGUUCAACAACGCGCCCACGUCGAUAUCCAGCGGCUCGCUGGGCAGCGGCAGCGCGGCACCGAGCCGGAAACGCCGUGACACGAGUUUCAGCAGUACGUCAAGUUCGUCGGCCUCACGGAGGCGAAGGCGCAGCAACGGACCGCCGCUACUCGGCGAACCGCGAUUGCGCGAUGACGCGCUGUGGUUUACAUCUGCCGAGGAGGGCGACAACGGGGACGAGGACGUGGAGGAGGUGCGCAGCGACGCCAGCUUCGGCCACCCGCUCACCGAGAUCGGCGACGAAAACAGUCAGGCGCCGGGCUGCGGCGGCCUGGAGUCCACUGUUUAUAACCUAGGGCUGCCGCAUGUCAAGUGUGUCAAUCCCCAGGACCUGGAUCUUCAAGACGUGUGGUCGGCAGCGGACAUCGUCCAAUUAUACCCACCAGUGUACCAACGGCGCACCAGGCGGCAGCCAGUGGCUCCGUUUCGGAGGGCGUCCGUGGAACUGACCAUCGACGAAAUGCGAAACGUGGGUAUGAUGAUGGAGCCGCACUCCUCGGGCACACGCACGCGGCCCAUUCUCGACACUAUCGAACUGGAGCACUGGGCAUCCGGUGAUAACGACGCUACGCAAAUUACCAAGAUUAUAGAUAAAGAGGAGAACUGGCUUGAGAUGCACCUCCCCAAUCGACGCACGCGCCAGUCCUCGUUAAACCCUAAUUUUCUGCGACUCUACGCCCUGGAGCUAUCCUGUAAGCUCAAGAGCUUGCUACCUGAUCUAAACGUGGACGAGCACGUACUAACUAAGCUAUCAUACGAGGAAAUUUGGAACCUGAAUAUCCCUCACAAACACGAAAACGUCUCGCCGUACCAGAUCAAGCUCGCGCUGAUUACACGCCGCAAGCUGUGGACUGACAUGUGCAACAUUCUACGGCAGGAUUUGCAUGGCGUGAAUGCUCCGUGGAACCUCAAAUUUGUCUCUGGACACGCGAGCGAGGAUGACUCCGGUCCCGGGUGCACUCCGUCUACCUCGUUGGUCCGCGUAGAGUCAGACGUCAAGCCGUGGUACAAAGGCGGCAAAGACUUCAUGCUACGCCCGUGCGGAAAACUGGCAGUGGGCAAGCAUUGUAAAAGGGAGAUACAAUACGUAGUAAAGGGCUGGUGCGACAGUAGGUUCAGCUAA